GGCCAGCACUACCACAGCAGUGUGAAGAUGGCGGAGGGUGAAUUGAACGUGGACAGCCUCAUCUCUCGGCUCCUGGAAGUACGAGGAUGUCGCCCAGGAAAGAUAGUCCAGAUGAGCGAGUCAGAGGUGCGGGGUCUCUGCAUCAAAUCCAGGGAGAUCUUCCUCAGCCAGCCCAUCCUGCUGGAGCUCGAGGCUCCCCUAAAGAUCUGUGGUGACAUCCAUGGGCAAUACACAGACCUACUGAGGCUGUUUGAGUAUGGCGGUUUCCCUCCAGAGGCCAACUACCUUUUCCUGGGUGACUACGUGGACAGAGGGAAACAAUCCCUGGAAACCAUCUGCCUUCUGCUGGCCUACAAGAUCAAAUACCCAGAGAACUUCUUCCUGCUCAGGGGCAACCACGAGUGCGCUUCCAUCAACCGCAUCUACGGCUUCUACGAUGAGUGCAAGCGCAGGUUUAACAUUAAGUUGUGGAAGACCUUCACCGACUGCUUUAACUGCCUCCCGAUUGCUGCUAUCAUUGAUGAGAAGAUCUUCUGCUGCCAUGGAGGGCUAUCGCCUGAUUUGCAGUCAAUGGAGCAGAUUCGCCGGAUCAUGAGGCCAACAGACGUGCCUGAUACAGGCCUACUGUGUGACCUUUUGUGGUCGGACCCAGAUAAGGAUGUACAAGGUUGGGGGGAGAACGACCGCGGGGUCUCCUUCACCUUCGGAGCAGAUGUGGUCAGCAAGUUCCUGAACCGCCACGACCUGGACCUCAUCUGCAGAGCCCACCAGGUUGUGGAGGAUGGAUACGAGUUCUUUGCCAAACGCCAACUGGUCACACUCUUCUCCGCUCCAAACUACUGCGGGGAGUUCGACAAUGCAGGUGGCAUGAUGAGUGUGGAUGAAUCCCUCAUGUGCUCCUUCCAGAUCCUAAAGCCCUCGGAGAAGAAGGCUAAGUAUCAGUACGGUGGUGUAAAUUCUGGUCGUCCCGUCACCCCACCCCGCACCGCCCAAGCCCCGAAGAAGAGGUGAACGCACCGGCUGAGCUCUCCCCGCCCUCUUAACCCUCUCCGUCCCUGGUCUGCCAUCUCGGCGACCCCUGUAACUCCCCUGUAUAGCGAAGAUACGGGGCUUAUCUAAUUGCCCAAAUCUUUCUCCUCUUUCUUCCCCAGCUCCACUGACAGCUCCUUUCUUAAUGUGUAUGUGUACAUAAAUUUGCUGUGACCGAUCUCUUUUUUUUUUUGCCUGUUUGUUGGUAUUUUUCAUAUUAUUAACAGAGUUUGUUGUUUUACUUCCAAUGCCAUUUAAAGUUUUCUGAGGUUCUGUGUCGUCUCUGUGCAGAGGGACAGAGCGAUUGAGUUAGAGGAAGUCUUUUUCAGUUUGACAAAAACACAGUAGAGAUUGAACAUUGUUGUUUUUUGCCUUGAAAGCAGAGAAAAUCCUUCCAAUGUGUUUUAAAGAGACUGAGGUUUCCGUGCUAAGUCCUAAGACAUGAAUAACAUUUCUUAUAUUCCGGUUUAACUGUUUGAAACAUUAUUACUGCGUUUGCGGUGAACUUGCAGUUGUUGUGCAGGCGAACAUUUUAUAUAAUUAACCAUUGAAAAAGUGCACCUCCCUAGGACUAGCAAGGAAUGUGAAGAAACCGGCUUCAAUGAAAGAUAGAGGGUAAAUCGGAUGCUGCUGGCAGUGGACCCACUCUCCCCAAACACAGCGCCCUCAGGGCAUUGAUUCCUCCGCUCUGUUAUGCCUCCCUGUGCCUCAACUCCACACCCACACAAAAACACGCCGCUCCUCACAAAGAGCUGUUAUUGACAUGGGUCUAAUUAUUAUUUGUUUAAGAUUAUUUUCCCAAAAAAUCCUCUUGUUUUUUGAUGAAAGAUGCUAAGAGUUUUUUUCAUGUUCAUGCACAGGCAUUUAAAUACUAUGUGUGACUUAUAGUCAGUACCUUACCUGUUGACAUACUGGAUAAAUGGUGUUCUAAAAGUGUAUUUGUAUGAAGAUAAGGAAAGAAAACAUCUAACAGCACUUAAAACUAAAAGCAAGCUUCACAAAAUGCUCUACAGUGUUUGAAUUGUUUAGUGCUAGAGUACACAUGAAAAACCUAAUGAAGGAAGUUUGUUCUUGGAAGCUUUUAAGUGCCAGCUAUCCUCCUGUAACAUCACCCAGUGUGUCCUGGUAUUGAGUAGGAAAGCUGAAGGAGUGGGUGGCAGGACCGGCCGUUAUGCAAUGUGACAGUGAUGCCACCUGGUGUAUAAAUACAGUAGUACAAUACAAAUCAUAUGUGAAUUUCAAACUAGCCAGCUCAGGAUGGGCUUUUUUAUUUCCUGCACAAAAUGUUGCGAGGAGGUACUGGAGGUUCAUUUAAGUCUUCUGCAAAGAAGAUGCUGUCGAUCAUUUGUGGCUAACCGUUUUCUUUGUUCAGUCUUUAUUUUGCUCUUUGUGGUAUUAGGCUUUCUGUUGAAUUGUUCUGUUUCACUAUUCUCAUUGUUUCCUUAUAUUCACUUAAUUUAUUUCAUAAUACUGAUCAUAAGAAAACAUUGAAGUGUUACCAAAAGCUGUUUUGCAAUUUGUACAAGUUUGUUUGGAACUCUAUAAGUCAAUAAAAUUGAUGGAAACUAAAACUGU